GGACACCCUGCGCCUCUGUCCUUGGCGGAGGGACGAACCCUCGAUUUGAGCGAAGAUGAACCACCCCCGAGGCGACGGAAGCGCGCGCCGGUGGAAAACACACCAGAGGAGUGGAAGCGCCACCGUCUCGCCAUCAAGGAAGCUUUUCCUCAGGGGUGGUCCCCUCCACGUAAAUUAUCCCGUGAAGCCAUGGACGGUAUGCGUGCCAUGCAUAUAUAUGACAAGCAUACAUUUUCCACACCGGUGCUUGCUGAGAAAUUCAAGAUCAGCCCAGAGGCUGUCCGCCGCAUCUUGCGAAGCAAAUGGGAGCCGUCGAGAGAGCAACGAGCGAGAUUUGCGGAACGGGAGCGACGGUUGAGGGAGGAACAAAAGAUGCAAAGUAGGCUUGAAGAGAAGAAGCAGAGCAUGGAGCUGUUAUCUGAGGCUGCCACAAAGUCAGAGAGACCCAAUCGGAGAGAUGAGCGGCCAAAAGGGAUUAAUUCGAAGGACAGGCUGUACUUUGGUUAA